AUGGCAUCAGAUAUUUUGGGGAAAAUCAAUGUUCUUGAUGUCCUGGGAGCUGAUGACGAUAACAUGGGUGAUGGCUGCUCUGAGAAGCUGGUGAUUGCUAAGUACCUCCGUUUUCUCCUGCUGGUCCUGAUUCCAUGUAUCUGUGCUCUCAUUGUCCUGCUGGUGAUCCUACUUUCCUUUCUUGGAGCAUUAAAAAAUCCCUAUUUUAAAUCAAAUGGGAGUGAACCUUUGGUCACUGAUGGUAAAGUCCAAGUGUCUGAUGUUAUUCUUACAAAUACUAUUGAUAAUGAGAGCACUAUGCCGUCUACUGUACAUCCCAACCAGCAUGUUCCAGCCUGGACCACAAAUGCUUCUCUCCCAGGGGACCAAAGUCACAGAAAUACAAGUGCCUGCAUGAAUAUCACCCACAGCCAAUGUCAGAUGCUGCCCUACCACACCACGCUAACACCUUUCUUCUCAAUUGUCAAAAACAUGGAAAUGGAGAAGUUCCUCAAGUUCUUCACGUAUCUCCAUCGCCUCAGUUGCUAUCAACAUAUCAUGCUUUUUGGCUGCAGCCUCGCGUUCCCUGAGUGCAUCAGUGAUGGCGAUGACAGUCACGGUCUCCUGCCCUGUAGGUCCUUCUGUGAGGCUGCAGAAGAGGGCUGUGAAUCAGUCCUGGGGAUGGUGAACUCCUCCUGGCCUGAUUUCCUCAGAUGCUCCCAGUUUAGAAACCAAACUGAAAGCAGCAAUGACAGCAGGAUUUGCUUCUCACCACAGCAGGAAAAAGGAAAGCAAUUGUUCUGCAGAGCGGACGAGAACUUUUUGUGUGCCAGUGGCAUCUGUGUCCCCAAGAAACUGCAGUGUAACGGCUACAACGACUGUGAUGACUGGAGCGAUGAGGCUCACUGCAACUGCAGUGAGAACCUGUUUCACUGUCACACAGGCAAGUGCCUUAAUUAUAGCCUUGUAUGUGAUGGCUAUGAUGACUGUGGGGACUUGAGUGAUGAGCAAAACUGCGCCUGCCACAGCCAGGGUCUGGUGGAAUGCAGAAAUGGGCAAUGUAUCCCCAGCACUUUCCAAUGCGAUGGAGACGAAGACUGUAAAGAUGGGAGUGAUGAGGAGAACUGCAGUGACAGUCAGACCUCAUGUCAAGAAGGAGACCAAAGAUGCCUCCACAACUCCUGCCUUGAUUCAUGCGGUGGUAGCUCUCUGUGUGACCCGAACACCAGUCCAAGUAACUGUGGUCAAUGUGAACCAAUUACACUGGAGCUCUGCAUGAAUUUGCCUUACAACCAUACAAAUUAUCCAAAUUACCUUGGCCAUGGUACUCAGAAGGAAGCAUCCAUCAGCUGGGAGUCCUCUCUUUUCCCUGCGCUUGUUCAAACCAACUGUUACAAAUACCUCAUGUUUUUCGCUUGUACCAUCUUGGUACCGAAGUGUGAUGUGAAUACAAGCCAGCGUAUCCCCCCUUGCAGUUAUUUAUGUGACUGAACUUUCCAUUUUUGCAAAUCUAUUCUUGGAAUUGUGGGCCUACAGUGGCCUGAAGACACAGAUUGCAAUCAAUUUCCAGAGGAAAAUUCAGACAAUCAAACCUGCCUAAUGCCUGAUGAAGAUGUGGAAGAGUGCUCACCCAGUCACUUCAAGUGCCACUCAGGCCGGUGUGUUCUGACUUCCAGAAGAUGUGAUGGCCAAGCUGACUGUGAUGAUGACAGUGAUGAAGAAAACUGUGGUAUGUACAUCAGAUGACACUUACCUUGAAUGUACAGUAAUACCUCAUUACAGAUUACAUGUAAAAAAAUGUAAACUGGUCACUGGUAGUGAUUAG